AUGUCGUCUGAGCACGUUUUGGAGACUACAGAUGUACUCAUCUGUGGUUGUGGGCCAACAGGAGCCAUGCUGUCUGGCUAUCUUGAUGGUAUGGCGGUCCGGAAUAUCGUCCUGGAGAGAGAGGCCGAUAUCACGACAGACCCAAGGGGAAUCGUUCUUGACGACGAAGGCAUCCGUUAUUUGCAGGGUCUAGGUUUGUAUGAGCAUGUCUAUACGGACAUCGGUUCUUGUGCGUAUCGAGAAGAUGCGAUUCAGUCCGAAGGAUUUACGGGACAUGUCGGCGUCAUAAGUCACAAACAACCUGCGCUUGAAAAGCAUCUUCGUUCCCGCAUUAAGGGGUCUCAGCACUCGCAGUUGAGAGCCGGAUGCACCCUUGAGUCAAUCGAGGAAGAUAAGGAUUGGGUACAUGCGAGCUAUGUGGAACCUGAAGGUAAUAAACGACGCAUUCGCGCCCGUUUCCUGGUUGGUGCGGACGGCAAGACAGGCUACGUGCGCAAGCAAUAUCUCGAACCACGGGGGAUUAAAUUGGAGUGGGCUGAACAGUGUCGCUACGAAGAAACCUGGGUAGCUUUGAAUUGGGAAAUCAGCAUGCCAACAGCAGAAACGCACCCAGACUUCCCGCUAUGGAGGCUGGGGUAUUCGCCUGAAGAUGUGUACAACCAGUUCUUCCCGAAGGAUUUUCGAUUCCUCUGUAAUCCUCGUCGACCAGCAGUUUGCGGCCGUUUCGGCCAGACCAAGGACCGCCUCUGGAGGUUUGAAUUUGUGGUUCAGGCUGGUGAAGAUCCGCAAGAAAUGUCUGAGCCACACAAGAUUCGGGAAAUUGUAUUCCCCUACCUUCGUCAUGAAGGGUCCCGCUAUGACCUAGACACAGCCGUCGAAUUUCCAACCGAUUGCAUCAAGGUCCUUCGAUCUCGUCCAUUUCACUUUGCCGCAAGAAAGUGCAAUAAAUGGGCCAUGGGACGGGUCAUCUUGUGCGGCGAUGCCGCUCACGUCUUUCCUCCAUUUGGCGGUCAGGGAAUUGCUUCCGGCUUUCGGGAUGCUAUCGCCCUUGCCUGGCGACUUGCCAUUCUCACUCGGUCCCGUUCUACUCGACUAGACUACGAGCAAGUACUCGCGGGGUGGUACUCUGAACGCGGUCAACAAUUCCAAAAGUCACUUAACACAACUUUGCGAAAUGGACAAUUGGUCAGCAGCACCAAUACAGUGCAGAACUUCAUCCGGGACUGGUCGCUCUGGAUCAUGCAACUGAUUCCCCCAAUCAAGCAUCAACUGGAACUCGGACCCCGAAGUGAGGGCCCAGUCAGGUACACCCACUCAAAAGGUAUGCCGUUUUUGUCCCACCUCCACGGGGGAAUCGCCUUUCCACAAACAUAUUGCACAGAACUAGUCGAUCCCGAUAAUCUGGUUCGCUUUACCGAUGAUGUGAUAUUUUCCAAAAAGAAAACCAAGCUCUUCCAGAUUGUUGUUUUGCUUGAUAAGCCAUGCCAGGCGAUAGCGACAAUUCAAGAGAUGGGUGGUAUUGAUGCCUUUAGCGAUGGCCACUUAUCUGCCAAAGAGGCCACCCUGCUGGUCCAGGCUAAGACCUAUCAUCCUAAUGAUGAUAGCAUUAGUUUUGAUAGUCUCUCCCUGUUCCGAACUGCGACUGCAAAGGAAUUUGAGGAGUCCGACUUGUGCGUUGGACGGCCAAAACCCCAAGGCUACAACGACACUCAAAUCUGGAAUGUUAUGCGGGGAAAGCGAUUUGUGAUUGUUAGGCAUGAUCGCUGUGUCUAUGCCGCGUGCGGUACGAGGGCUGAAUUGGUUGAAGCCGCAAAAAGUCUGAGAGAGACUUUGCCAUUGAAUUGA